AUGAAUGGUAUAGCAGAAAUUGAAGGGCGCCAAAGUGAACAUCUUAAGAACAAGUAUAACAGCACGAAGAAGAAUAAAAAACGAGUUGGCGAUUUCCGUAACUUCUCCAAUCAUAGGAGGGUUAAAAAAAGAGUUGACAGCAAAAGUGACAGGGGGAACAAACAUUGGGAUGCAAACGAGGUGAAAAAUAGAACAAUUUUUCUGCACAAAAAAUUUUUAAAAUCUUUAAAACAAAUGGAGACCAACAAAGGGGAGGAGAAAAAAACGUUUUUGAAAAAUUGGAACAUGAAUUAUUUAUCCAACAACUUGAGCGCGUUUAUGAAGGGCGCGGAGAGCGUCGCGGGCGGCCGGGGGCAGAGCGGGCCGAGCGGCAAAGGCGGUAAGAGCGGACAGAGCGGACAGAGCGGACAGAGCGGACAGAGCGGACAGAGCGGACGGAGCGGCAACCGCUGCUUCCUGAGCAGGAGUGUUGGCGACACCCUCGGGGAAGCGUCUAGCGAAGUGUACAGCCAAGGGAACCGCCACAACGUGUACGCCCCCGAGCAGAACAGCCCCAACUUCUCGCACACAGCAUUCAAACAAGCACAAGGCCACGCCCCAAAUGUGAAUAACUUCCACCCUUAUGAACAUGCCCAAUCGUCAGCAAACGAACAUAACCCCUACGCUGACAUCCGAGGGGUAUGGGAGAAGAUAAAGAGCAGGAGUGGUCUGUCCAAUUUUGUAGAAACUGUAAUUCAGGACGGCGCCAAUGUUGUUAGCGAGAAAAUUGGUGCCUUCAGCGAUGGCAGUUACGCGAAGGACCAGAGCAGGAAGGACCACUGGGGUAGUAGCCACGUUGGAAGCUCGCCCUAUAGCAGGAUCAAGUACGACCCCCCCUAUGGAGACCAAACCGGUGAAAACGAAACAUACCACUUAUCACCCAGCAACAACAGAACCACCGGCAAUAGUAGCAGCCAGAAUAAUGGCAAUGGGAAUAGCCAACAGAGCGGGAAGGGGGGAAGUAGCACCCAAAAUAACUAUAACGGUAAGGACGCGGGGGGGGGCGCCACCAACAACGGUAGCAGCAAUGGAAACAGCAGUAGCUACAAUUACGGGGGUGGGAGCGGAUAUAAUAACGGCUCAAGUGGAUAUGCAAAUGGAAGGACCCCCAAUGGAGGAGGGGGCAACGAUAACAAUGAGGAUGGAGACGGCGAUGACGAUGGGAAGGAUGGGCACUACGGCCGAAAUGGAAGGUGCGAAAACAACGGGGAGAGUAACGACGAGGAAGAUGAUAAUGAUGAAGACAAUGGAGAUGGAGACAGCGAUCGGAGUGGACACAAAAUCGAUGGGAGUGAACACAAAAUCGAUGGGAGUGAACACAAAAUCGAUGGGAGUGAACACCAAAACGAUCGAAUGGACAACCCGGGUGAUCGAAUGGACAAUCUGGGUGAUCGAAAUGGGAAAGUGUACUGCAGAAAUAAUGGCUCCUCCGCAUCAGUCACGUCUUCGUAUAUUAACGCAGAUGCGCAGGCAUCGAAUGGCGGUGGGAUGAAACAUCAGUGCCAAAAGAAACGAAAGAGUGGGCGAACCAGCUGCCCAGCUACCAACGAUAGCGGCAAUAGACGAAGCAGCAACAGUGCCAACAGCGUCAACUUCAUAGGGGGAGGAAGCAACAGCAAUGGGUAUGGCGACUAUAAUAACAGCGGCGUAGAGUACCCCAAUGCGGAGAGGAGGACUAGCCUUAAUUUGAGGAGGGGCAUGAACGAUGGGAGCAUGGAUUAUUACAAUCAGUACACCCUGGGAGGUAGUCACAACAGAUCGGCCACGGAAGCUCCCAGUCGUAGCCGCGGGAAUUUGGACUGCGGUGGUGGCCAUUAUGGGGACAACCCUCUCGGAAGGAACAGCAGAAGUACCAGCUAUGGGAAUGGCUGCAACGGAGGGAGCGGCGGGAACGGAGGGAGCGGCGGGAACGGCGGGAGCGGCGGAAACGGCGGGAGCGGCGGAAGUACCAACAAUCAUGAGACCAACUUGGGCCCCGCCAACAACUCCACGGUGAAUAAAAACAUUGGGAACAAAAGAAACUACGUGGCCAACGUGAAUUGCAAGGACACGGGCCCCAACCAGAGUUACUGCCGACAGGGGGACAGCCAAGGGGGAAGCCCCGUGGGUAGUCACCUGGGCAGCCACCUUGGCAGUCGCCUUGGCAGUCACCUUGGCAGCCACAGGAACAGCUUCAGCAGCGGCGGGAACCACAGCAAGCAGAUAAAGAAGGGCCGAGACAGCGGAGGUAGCGGGGGUAGCGGCGACAGUGGCGACAGCGAUCAUAGCGGUGGCGGCGGUGACUGCGGCGGUUGCGGCGAUUGCGGCAACGAGGAUGAUGGGGGAGGCGGCGAUCAUGGCGAUCAGGUCGAUCACAUGGGCCGCUCCGACCGCCCCGACCGCUCCGACCGCCCCGACCGCUCCGACGCGGAGGACCAGCUGCAGAAGCGACACGUGCACGCCGCCAACGCGGAUAUGCUAAACCCGGAGGACAGGAAGAGAGAAGCGGAAAAAUACAAAGUGCUGGGGAACCAAAGCUACAAGCUGGGGUAUUUCGAAUCUGCCAUCGACUACUACACGAAGGCGAUUUCGUAUGAUAACACGAAUCAUGUGUAUUACACAAAUAGGGCGCUAUGCUAUAAGAAGCAGAAGCUGUGGAAGCUAGCUAACAGUGACGCGAGACAAGCCCUGAAUUUGGAAGAAGAAUCCGUAAAGGCGCACUUCAUUCUGGGAUUGACUCUCUUACACCUGAACAGCUUAGAGGAGGGCUUGAAAAAGCUAACCAAGGCGAAGACCUUAUCUAGCUACUUAAAAGACUCUAACGAAGGAGAAAUAAACAGAUACAUACUGCAAGCGAAAAAGCUAAUAUACCUUCGAGACGAACAGAACAAGCAGCUGACCUACACCGAGCUGCAGUCGUUUCUAAUAGACAAAAUAAAUUUACUUAAUCAAAUUGGCUACAUAUCAAAUGAGGAGAAGUUCUUACGAACCCAACAGACGGAAAAUCUGUUCAAAGAAAUUUUAAAUUCUUUCCAAAGGAAGCAGAUACCAGAUUACUUAUGUUGCAAAAUCUCAAUGUGUUUGAUGAAUGAGCCGGUGAUUACCCCGAGUGGCAUGACGUACGAUAAGAUAUUUUUGUAUGAACAUGUUAAGCAUAAUGGGUCGUUCGACCCGGUCAGUCGAGAGCAAUUCUCUAUGCGAGAGGUCAUCCCCAAUUAUGCCAUCAAGGAGGCUACGGACAAUUUUUUGAAGUCCAAUCCGUGGGCCUUCGAGGAGUAA